CUCUCUCUUUCUGGCAAAGCAGAGACACUGACAAACAAUACUUGGACCUGGAAACCAAAAAAGUGCCGUGAAUAUUAUAAAACUACAGUACCAAAGUCCAACAGUUGGAAGCUGAAAGGACCAGCACAUAAUCAGCUCUACCACUCUCUGGCAAAGCAGAGACACUGACAAACAAUACUUGGACCUGGACAGCAAAAAAGAAUAAAUAUGCAUUGGUCCUGGGUUUGGAUCACUCUCUGCUUGCUCUGUCCAACUGCGGUUUAUGGUGGGAGAGUUCUUGUUUUUCCUAUGGACGGGAGCCACUGGGUGAACAUGAAAGUCAUUAUAGAGGCACUACAUUCAAGAGGCCACCAGGUUUCUGUUUUCCGAACAACAGACAGUUGGUACAUCAAGGAAACCUCUCCAUUCUAUACUUCAAUUACACUGGAUAUAGAGUCUGGAUUAGAUGAAGAUUUUAUAGGUACGUUUGUGGCCCAGUUGCUUGAAAUCCAGAGGGGAGGGAAGUCUGCCUGGACACGAUUUAAACUGGAAAUGGAACAAGGACAAAAGGCCUCUGAGAUCCAUGAAAAAACAUGUAAAAUGAUUGAGCUGCUUUUUGAUACAGAUUUGAUACAGUCACUACAGGAUGCCAAAUAUGACCUUGUCCUUACAGACCCUGUUACACCAGUGGGUGCUAUAGUUGCCCACUACCUCAGGUUGCCUCUUGUUUUCAAUGUCAGGUGGACUUCUCAAGGUGAAGGUCAUUUUUCAAUUGCGCCAUCUCCUCUUUCUUAUAUUCCAUUGACAGGAACUGAGCUUUCAGAUAAAAUGAGCUUUCUUGAAAGACUUUUUAAUGUUAUCAAUUUUGGCUUCUGGAAAUUUCAAUUUGCUUAUUUUGUUGAACCAUAUUAUGUUGGCGUAAUUGAAAAAUAUUUAGGUCCAGGAGUAGAUUACUCAUCCCUAUUUCAAGCAGCAGAUCUUUGGCUCAUGAGAGUGGACUUUGUGUUUGAGUUUCCUCGUCCCACCAUGCCUAAUGUUAUCUAUAUGGGAGGGUUCCAGUGUAAACCCGCAAAACCUCUUCCUGAACACUUGGAGGACUUUGUGCAGAGUUCUGGAGAGCAUGGAGUCAUCAUCAUGUCUCUGGGGACCUUCAUUGAAAAGCUUCCCCAUGACCUAGCUGAUGGGAUUGCUGCAGCUUUUGCCAAAUUACCUCAGAAAGUCAUCUGGAGAUAUAAAGGUGACAGACCAGCCACCCUGGGCAACAACACUUUACUAGUUGACUGGAUGCCACAGAGUGACCUUUUAGGACAUCCCAAGAUUAAACUAUUUGUGGCUCAUGGAGGAACAAACGGUGUUCAAGAGGCAAUCUACCAUGGAGUUCCUAUCCUAGGACUUCCACUGAUUUUUGAUCAACCUGAUAAUCUAUUUAGAAUUGAAGUAAGAGGAGCAGGGAAGAUAAUUAAUAUUUUUAAUAUGAAUGAAGACAUCUUCUUUCAGGGAAUUCAGGAAGUCCUGAAUGACCCCUCCUACAGGAUGAACAUGGAGAGACUCUCCAGGCUGCACAGAGAUCAGCCAAUGAAGCCGCUGGACACCGCCCUCUUCUGGAUAGAGUUUGUCAUGAGACACAAAGGUGCUGCUCACCUGAGAACAGAGUCCUACAGACUGCCCUGGUAUUCCUACCACUCUCUUGAUGUCAUAUUAUUUUUACUUACAUUUGUACUACUUAUUAUGUUACUUUUUGCUGUGUUAGUACGGUCAUGCUUUAGAUUAUGUUUGAAAAGAAAGGUGAAAUCUGACUAACCAAUCCUACAGUCCUACAGACUGCCCUGGUA